AGUGUUGCAUUUCGAAGGCCCAGGUGGAAGGAAGUCUUGACCGUGGUGGAUUAGUUCCUGACAGCAGCAGCAGGAGGGAAUGGUGGAAAGGGGUAUCAGACGAAAUAACAGGACAAUUUCCUAUCAAGACGGCCCAAUAAAAAAUAUUUUAUAGGAAGGAAGAAUCUUCAGCUUCUCAAGCCCUGCCAUUACAGCCAGUCAACUGCAUAGAGUACAGCUCCUCUAGUUGAGAUGAAGCCUAGAAGAAGUCCUGCCUGGCCCAUCACAGAGUCUAUGCCGCUACCUUAAGCUUUAGAGGGGAAUGAUGAAAUUAGAUAAAAAAUAAAGUGGAAGAGUGGAGGACCGCACCCCCCAGCAUCCCCCAAAAGCAGCAUGGCAGGACUCCAGCUGGUCACCCCCGCCUCCAAUCCCAUGGGCCCUUUCUUUGGUCUCCCGUGGCAACAGGAGGCCAUCCACGACAACAUCUACACGCCUAGGAAAUAUCAGGUUGAACUUCUUGAAGCAGCUCUUGAACACAAUACUAUUGUCUGCUUAAAUACUGGCUCAGGGAAGACCUUUAUUGCAGUACUCCUAACUAAAGAGCUCUCCCACCAAAUCCGGGGAGACUUAGUCGAACAGGGGAAGAGGACAGUUUUCCUGGUGAAUGCAGCAUCGUCUGUGAUUCAGCAAGCAGCUAGUGUUAGGACCCACUCUGAUCUCCAGGUUGGAGAAUACAUGUGUGUGGAGAAGACCUCAUCAUGGUCCAGGGAAAAGUGGAGCCAAGAAAUGAUUGAGAAUCAGGUGCUCGUUAUGACGUGCCAUAUCUUCCUGCAUGUGCUGAAGAGUGGAGUGUUGCCACUAUGGAAACUCAACCUGGUGGUGUUUGAUGAGUGUCACCUGGCAAUCACGGACCAUCCCUACCGGGAUAUAAUGAAGCUAUGUGAGGGCUGUCCGUGCAGCCCUCGGAUCCUGGGCCUCACUGCAUCCAUUUUGAAUGGUAAAUGUGACCCGUCUGAACUGGAACAGAAGAUCCAGAACUUGGAGCGGAUCCUGCGGAGCAAUGCAGAGACAGCUACUGACCUCGUUGUCCUUGACAGAUAUGCCUCCCAGCCCAGAGAGGUGGUACUGGACUGUGGACCCUACCUGGACAAGAGCGGCCUUUCAGAGCAUCUACUGAGCGAGCUGGACGGGGCUCUCCACUUCCUCAACGACUGCAACAUACCUGUGCCUCGAGAGGACAGAGACCCCACCUUCAUAUCCAAACAGGUGCUGAGUGACUGCCGGGCGGUGCUGCUGGUGCUGGGGCCGUGGUGUGCCGACAAGGUGGCUGGCAUCAUGGUGAGGGAGCUGCAGAAGUACAUCAAACACGAACAGGAAGAGAUCAACAGGAAGUUCCUGCUCUUCACCGACACCAUCCUGAGGAAGGUCCACGCCCUGUGUGAGGAACUCUUCUCCCCGGCCUCUCUGGACCUGAAGUUUGUGACCCCAAAGGUCAUCCGUCUCCUGGAGAUCCUCCAUGAAUACAAGCCCUUUGAGAGGCAACAGUUUGAGAGUGUGGAGUGGUACAACAACCGCAACGAGGACAACUACGUGUCGUGGAGUGACUCGGAAGACGAAGACGAGGAUGAGGAGGUGGAGGUGAAGGAGAAACCCGAGGCUAACUUCCCCUCGCCGUUCACCAACAUCCUGUGUGGGAUCAUCUUCGUUGAGAGGCGCUACACGGCCGUCGUCCUCAACCGGUUAAUAAAGGAGGCAGGGAAACAGGACCCGGAGCUGGCCUACAUCAGCAGUAACUUCAUCACAGGACACAGCAUCGGAAAGAACCAGCCACGCAACAAGCAGAUGGAGGUGGAGUUCAGGAAACAGGAAGAGGUUCUGCGUAAGUUCCGUGCCCACGAGACCAAUCUGCUCAUAGCGACCAGCAUCGUGGAGGAAGGUGUAGAUAUUCCCAAGUGUAACCUGGUGGUGAGGUUUGACCUGCCCACUGAGUACAGGUCCUACGUUCAGUCUAAAGGCCGAGCCAGAGCCCCUGUCUCCAACUACAUCAUGCUGGCUGAAAGUGAGAGGACCAAGACCUUCGAGGAAGACCUGAAGACCUACAAGGCCAUAGAGAAGAUCCUGAGAAACAAGUGUUCCAAGGCAGCGGGGGUCGGUGACUUUGAGAUGGAACCGGUGCAGGAUGAUGACAACAUUCUGCCUCCCUACGUGCUCCGCUCUGAGGAAGGAGGGCCCCGCGUCACCAUCAACACGGCUAUCGGACACAUCAACAGAUACUGUGCCCGUCUGCCCAGUGACCCGUUUACCCACCUGGCACCUAAGUGUAAGACCAAGGAGCUGAAGGAUGGGCGCUACCAGUCAACCCUCUACUUGCCCAUCAAUUCCCCUCUACGGGUGCCCGUCGCUGGGCCAAUCAUGAACUGUGCACGACUGGCAGAGAAGGCAGUGGCGCUACUUUGUUGUGAAAAUCUUCACAAAAAAGGUGAGUUGGAUGACCACUUGAUGCCUGUGGGGAAAGAGACAGUGAAGUACGAGGAGGAGCUGGAUCUCCAUGACGAGGAGGAGACCAGUGUUCCAGGCAGACCAGGAUCCACCAAGAGGAGGCAGUGCUACCCUAAAGCUAUACCAGAGUGUCUUCGGGACAGUUACCCUGUACCGGAGCAGUCUUACUACCUGUAUGUGAUUGGCAUGGUCCUCACCACCCCUUUGCCUGAUGAGCUCAACUUCCGCCGCAGGAAGCUCUACCCUCCAGAGGACACUACCAGGUGCUUCGGCAUCUUGACUGCCAAACCUAUACCUCGGAUCCCCCACUUUCCUGUGUACACGCGGUCUGGUGAGGUGACCAUCUCCAUGGAGCUCCAGAAGGCUGGGUUCACUCUGAGUGCUGUCCAGCUGGACCUGAUCACCAGACUACACCAGUACAUUUUCUCUCACAUCCUCCGCCUGGAGAAACCUGCUUUGGAGUUCAAUCCCACGCAGGCCGACUCGGCCUACUGCGUUCUACCUCUCAAUGUUGUUGAGGAUUCCAACACUCUAGAUUUGGAUUUUAAAUUCAUGGAGGACAUAGAGAAGUCCGAGGCUCGUGUUGGCAUUCCUACCACCCAGUACACCAAGCAGAACCCCUUCACUUUCAAACUGGAAGACUACCAGGACGCUGUCAUCAUUCCACGGUAUCGUAACUUUGACCAGCCUCACCGUUUCUACGUGGCUGACGUUUACACAGACCUCACACCUCUCAGCAGGUUCCCGUCACCGGAGUACCAGACGUUUGCUGAGUACUACAAAACCAAGUACAACCUGGACUUGUCCAACGUAAACCAGCCACUACUGGACGUAGACCAUACCUCCUCACGCCUGAACCUGUUAACCCCUCGCCACCUGAACCAGAAGGGGAAAGCCCUGCCUCUCAGCAGUGCAGAGAAGAGGAAGGCCAAGUGGGAGAGUCUACAGAACAAACAGAUCCUGGUCCCAGAGCUAUGUGCCAUCCACCCCAUCCCAGCCUCUCUGUGGAGGAAGGCUGUGUGUCUCCCCAGUAUACUGUAUCGCCUUCACUGCCUGCUCACAGCCGAGGAGCUGAGGGCCCAGACAGCCAGCGACGCUGGGGUAGGAGCCCAGACCCUGCCCUCUGACUUCAGAUAUCCAAACCUGGACUUUGGAUGGAAGAAGUCCAUCGACAGCAAGUCAUUCAUCUGUCUGCGUGAUGAGGAUGAGGAGGAGGAGGAGGAAGAGGACAGCGGUGACGAUGACUGUAAACAGCAGGGCCAGACUGUAGCCCCCGACCCUGGACUUGCUGCUGCUGUUUCCCAGCAUCCCUGUAGUGACUGUCAUGUCUCUUCGCUGCCUGAGGGGUGCGACAUCGGCCAACGCCCCGAAGAUGACAGACCAGAGGACGAGGAGCCCCAGCAGCCAGACACGGCCUCCCGCACUAGCAUCCUCGCUAACGGCACUGCCCUCAUUGCCAAUGACAACGGUGACCACGCACACCUUCACGACGGAUGUGACAACUGCCAAUGUCUCCCGGCUGGUUCUGGUUUGCCACUAGAGAAGGAAAAAGAACUAUCAACAACACAAACCACUACCUCAGUUCUUCCUGUGCAGCCCUCUCUUAGCAUCGAGAACCAGAAUCUAACCCCAACACCCCCUCAGCCCCAGCCAGGGACCCAGCCUCCAUCCCCUCAGCCCCAGCCAGGGACCCAGCCUCCACCCCCGCAGCCCCAGCCAGGGACCCAGCCUCCAUCCCCUCAGACCCAGCCUCCAUCCCCUCAGACCCAGCCUCCACCCCCUCAGACCCAGCCUCCACCCCCCCACCCCCAGCCAGGGACCCAGCCUUCACCCCCUCAGCCCCAGCCAGGGACCCAGCCUCCAUCCCCUCAGACCCAGACUCUACCCCCUCACCCCCAGCCAGGGACCCAGCCUCCACCCCCUCAGCCCCAGCCAGGGACCCAGCCUCCAUCCCCUCAGCCCCAACCAGGGACCCAGCCUCCAUCCCCUCAGCCCCAGCCAGGGACCCAGCCUCCAUCCCCUCAGACCCAGCCUCCACCCCCUCAGACCCAGCCUCCACCCCCUGAGCCCCAGCCUCCACCCCCUCACCCCCAGCCAGGGACCCAGCCUCCACCCCCUCAGCCCCAGCCAGGGACCCAGCCUCCACCCCCUCAGCCCCAGCCUAGCGAUGAUUGUAGACCAGGGAGGACCUCAGAGCUCCGUGAGGACGACGGACACCACGUGAAUCAAGCUACCUCAGACUGCUGCAGCCCAGCAACAAUGACGGGGCCCGCCGGCACAGCUCCCAUCACCACAACACCUUUACCUGACCCCUCAGAGGCCCUAGAGAGCCAGGAGAUCACCACCAGCAGCUCUGUAGUGGGGGAUACCCUUGGCCCCUGCCCCAAGACCCUGGGGCCCAACCCUGGGCUCAUCCUUCAGGCCCUGACCCUGUCCAACGCCAGUGACGGCUUCAACCUGGAGCGUCUGGAGAUGCUGGGAGACUCCUUCCUGAAGCACGCCAUCACAACCUACCUGUUCUGUACCUACCCCGAUGCACACGAGGGACGACUCUCCUACAUGAGGAGCAAGAAGGUGAGCAACUGUAACCUGUAUCGUCUGGGAAAGAAGAAAGGUCUUCCUUGCAGGAUGGUGGUGUCCAUCUUUGACCCACCGGUCAACUGGCUGCCUCCUGGCUACGUGGUCAACCAGGACAAGAGCAGCGAAGACAAAUGGGACGAGGAUGAGGCCAAAGAGGAGCUCCUGGCCAACGGUAGUGCUGGAGAGGAGUUGUGUGUUGAGGAACUAGGGGAGGAGGUUCUGGAGGAGGAUGAAGAUCUGAUGUGGAAGGAGCCUAAAGACGAGGUCAACGUGGAGGACGACCUGGAGUACUACCAGGAGCACAUCAAGUUCAUCGACAACAUGCUCAUUGGCUCCGGUGCCUUCGGCAAGAAGAUUUCCCUCGGUACCUUCCCCCCUGCCCCCGCCACCCCUGGCCCAAGUCCCAGCCCCUCCGCCCGCUCCUCCUCCCCUGCAGCCGAGCCCAGCUGCGGGGAGUGGAAACCCCCCAAGAAACCUGGCCCGGUCCCCACCCCCCACUACCCCUCAGAGCCUAGUGGUGGCGGCUCAGCAGAUGAGUUUGACUACAGCUCGUGGGAUGCCAUGUGUUACCUGGACCCUAGCAAGGCAGGGGACGAGGAUGAUUUCGUGGUGGGUUUCUGGAACCCGUCAGAGGAGAACUGUGGGGCGGAGUUGGGGAAACAGUCUAUCUCCUAUGACCUGCACACAGAGCAAUGCAUCGCUGACAAGAGCAUCGCUGACUGUGUGGAGGCAUUGCUGGGCUGCUACCUCACCAGCUGUGGGGAGAGGGCUGCUCAGAUGUUCCUCUGCUCACUGGGACUCAAGGUGUUACCGGUUGAGAGGAGGAGGCUGAAGGAGAAGGGCGGGGUCAUAGAGGUCGUGAACCUUGACCUCCAGUAUGGCUGGCUGAAGAUCCCACCCCGCUGCAUCUUUGACCACCCGGACGCCGAGCUCACCCUCAACCACCUCAUCUCUGGCUUUGAGAACUUUGAGAGGAAGAUCAGCUACACCUUCCAGAACAAGGCCUAUCUGCUGCAAGCCUUCACACACGCCUCCUACCAUUACAACACCAUUACAGAUUGUUACCAGCGACUAGAGUUUCUUGGCGAUGCAAUUUUAGACUACCUCAUAACGAAGCACCUUUAUGAAGACCCGCGCCAACACUCUCCCGGCGUGCUCACUGACCUGCGCUCGGCGUUGGUCAACAACACCAUCUUCGCCUCCCUGGCCGUCCAAUACGACUUCCACAAGUACUUCAAGGCUGUGUCGCCGGAGCUGUUUUAUGUCAUCGACGACUUUGUGCAAUUCCAGCUGGAGAAGAACGAAAUGCAAGGCAUGGACUCUGAGCUUCGGCGCUCAGAGGAAGACGAGGCGAAAGAGGAGGACAUUGAGGUCCCCAAGGCAAUGGGAGACAUAUUUGAGUCACUAGCCGGAGCAAUUUACAUGGAUAGCAGAAUGUCACUGGAGACAGUGUGGCAAGUGUAUUAUCCAAUGAUGAGGCCACUUAUAGAGAAAUUCUCGGCUAAUGUCCCUCGCUCUCCGGUGCGGGAGCUGUUGGAGAUGGAGCCUGAGACAGCCAAGUUCAGCCCUGCGGAGCGGACGUACGACGGGAAGGUCCGUGUGACAGUGGAGGUCGUGGGCAAGGGCAAGUUCAAAGGCGUGGGCCGCAGCUACCGGAUCGCCAAGUCUGCCGCCGCGCGCCGGGCCCUGCGCAGCCUCAAAGCCAACCAACCUCAGGUCCCAAACAACUGAGCUUCACACGCUAACUAGCUAGCUACUGAUGCUAGCCACUGACGCUAUCUACCUACAACUGUCGCUAGCCAGUAGCCACUGAUGCUAGCUUGCUACUGAUGUUAGCUAGUCGCCACUGAUGCUAACUACUGACGCUAACCAGUAGCUACCAGUGCUAGCAACUGAUGCUAGCUACCAACACAGUGCAGAAUUAGUCCUGUAUCUUCAGCCCUCAAUGGCACAACCAAGGCAGCCAGGGAACGUUCUGUGGAGACAUGGGGAAGUCACAACGAGAGCUGAUCUAGUUGUAACGGAUUUCACAUUUUAUUUUUAUUUUUUUGCAAACACAAUCUUUACUUUUCUUCUGUUCUCUGCUUUGUGUAAUCACAAGAGUGCUUUAUUAACGUAUAGCAAAGUGUUAAAAAGAACAAAAAGGUCAGGUGUUGCUUUGUUAAUUUCUCACUUUCUUUUUUAGUUUUUUUUGUUUGUUUAACCUUUGCUUUGUGUCAAUGAGAUGUUAGGCGUAUGCGUAUUAUGAGUAGUAUUAGAUUUGUACAUAGUUCAAAUCAAAGGUGUAAAUCUAAAAACGCUAUACUCCUCAGUCUGUGCACUAGUGCCAGUUUUAAAGCGGUUUUUAAAAUGCUAUUGCUAAGGAAAUGGCAAGCAGAGGCCAGACCACCAGUGAAGACGACCAGUGUGGCCCACCUCUCUCUGAACUCUGUCUUGAGAUGGUAUUCUUAGGGUGGGUCUAAAAUGGCACCCUAUCCCCUAUAUAGGAACCAUAAGGCUCUGGUCAAAAGUUGUGGACUAUAUAGGAAAUAGGGUGCCAUUUGGGACGUACCCUCAAUCAUUAUUGCACUUAUUCCAUUAGGGUCUGUUAUGUUCAGAAUUUGUGUGGUCGGAUUGGACAACAAAAUCCUAUAUGUAACAAAAAUAUAUAUAUACAUUUAUGAUGAAAUAUAAAUAUUAUUUGCCUUACAUACUAAGGCCCUCCCUCGUAUCCUGAAAAAAAGAAUAGGAAUUCAACAUUCCCGCUUACUGUAAAUUUAAAAAUAGUUUUUAAACAGCACUCGAGGAUGCAUGUUUGUGUAGCUUAUGUAUUAAUAACCAUGGCAACUGGAUGGCUUAUAUAAACAUUUAUAAAUCUAUCAAUAUAUCUAGAGGGAAAGAGAUAUUAAAUGUUUAUUAUUAUGACAUAAGUCGACAACUUUAGUCUCAAGUAAUGUCUUUUGAUACCAAGAUUGAUCAUCUUUAUUUUGUUGGUCAUUUUGUAAGACUCAGAGCACCUUUUGAGUACAGUCUUUAGGACACAGGUUGUUCUUCUUUUUCAACAGAAUCGUGGUUCACACAUCCCUUCACUUUACCAAAGCUAAUAGAGUUGUGACGCUACAGGGUUGCACAUGUGAAGUCAGUUCCUAGGGAUAUGCAUACCAGCCUUUUUGUUUCAUUAUUUACUACAAACACAUUGUGACACAGCGUCCACGUUAUGUGACUACAUAGCCUCUUAGACUAAAUGUCUUUUAUUUUCUCUCAAUAGUAUCAAUAAGCCCUCUUCACUUGAAUACCUCAGUUGAUUGCAUGCAUUUGUUUUUGGUGCUAUGUUUUUUGUUGUAUUAAGCUUGAAUUUCUCAUCCUUUUUGCACUGUAACUAUAAUACCUCUUUCUUUGACCUUUUUGAAAUCUGUCAGUUGGGUUGGUUGUCCUGUUCUAGCAGCCUUCAAGCUGUAGCGGUUCAGUUGCAUCGGUGUUUUCUUUGUUCUUCUUCUCUCCCUGCCCAAUUGAUUUAAUGCUUGAUGAUUUGGUCGGGUAAAACCAGAGGGUAUUCUCAUUCUGCACAUACAUAAGCCUAAACUAAUGUCUUCAGUCUCUGUUGAGCAUCAGUCCUCUUCAAAGGAAGAAGACAUGAAUUGGCCAUGAUCAGAUGGAGGGGGCCUCCUGUACUGUAGCUUGUUGAAGUAAAUCGAUUGCACUCUAUAUCUCUCACCGUGUGUGGCCAGCGCAGUCUUAGUGUAUGUCGAAGGCCUUUGCAAGACUGUACGUCAGAUUCAGCCUUUUACGAUUGUCACAUGUCACACUGUGCGAUGUUACCAAAUUAAAAUCUUGAUAUCAACCUUGUCAGAUUGUAAGAUUUUAUUCAGUUCUCUCGUCACAUUCUGCGAUUUGGCUUGAGGCUACGUCAGCCGAUAUAGGCUACGUCAACUACAGCAGUGUAAAAACUGAAAGUAUGCAUAGUUUUCACAAGCAACCUUUAUAUGUUUCCACUCAAUCAAAUCUGCUUCCCCAAAAUAGCGUGGUCGCUGUGGUAGAACGUUUAUUUUGAUUGGCGAUUUGGUGCAUUUAUCAAAAUCCCAUCAGGUAGCCCGAUUUCAGCUGUGUCAUGUAAACAAGAAUAUUAAGGAAAUCAUUCUUCUUGCACAGCAUGUAAAUGUUUAAAUUGAACUGUUAUAGUAAUCUGACUAUUUACAAUAAUCGUAUUAUUGUUUGCAUACUCAGUGCCGGCCGUGUUCCUAUUGGUCAGUCACCGGGAUCAGCUCGUAACACCAGCCACUCUACACGGAGCCUACGACCGACAGCACGUGGCGGUACUUAAUCGGCAGACCUGUCACACUGAACGAGCCAAGCCGUCGGACAAUCGUUUAUGACCUGCAAAUUUGCCUGCGAUGUGAAAAUGUCUGGAACAGCAAAAUUGUGGCAUAAAACGGCUGAAUUUGUACAGUCUGUGGGGUGGCUUAAGAUUCCAGAUUCUAAGAUUAUUUCUCACUCGAAAAUGGCAUUCCUCACAGAUGUUUCAUUAUUUAACCUGUACACCUGUGUUGUCCUAAAACAGUGGGUGUGCAAGAAACGUAAUUAAAUAAUUAAUGGUUCCCAAAGUUGAUGAAUGAAUUAGGAGGUUUGAAGAGGAUUGUAUGGUGUUAUAUUUAAUAGAUAUACAGUUGAAGUCAGAAGUUUACAUACACUUAGGUUGGAGUCAUUAAAACUAGUUUUUCAACCACUCCACAAAUUUAUUUUUAACAAACUAUAGUUUUGGCAAGUCGGUUAGGACAUCUACUUUGUGCAUGACACACAAAAAAAAAUGGAGACCUCCGCAUGUCUGGUUCAUCCUUGGGAGCAAUUUCCAAACGCCUGAAGGUACCACGUUCAUCUGUACAAACAAUAGUACGCAAGUAUAAACACCAUGGGACCAUGCAGCCGUCAUACCACUCAGGAAGGAGACGCGUUCUGUCUCCUAGAGAUGAACGUACAUUGGUGCGAAAAGUGCAAAUCAAUCCCAGAACAACAGUAAAGGACCUUGUGAAGAUGCUGGAGGAAACGUGUACAAAGGUAAAUAUCCACAGUAAAACGAGUCCUAUAUCGACAUAACCUGAAACGCCGCUCAACAAGGAAGAAGCCACUGCUCCAAAACCGCCAUAAACAUGCAGACUACGGUUUGCAACUGCACAUGGGGACAAAGAUUGUGCUUUUUGGAGAAAUGUCUGAUGAACCAAAAUUGGACUGUUUGGCCAUAAUGACCAUUGUUAGGAAAAAGGGGGAUGCUUGCAAGCCGAAGAACACCAUCCCAACCGUCAAGCACGGGGGUGGCAUCAUCAUGUUGUGGGGGUGCUUUGCUGCAGGAGGAGCUGGUGCACUUCACAAAAUGGAUGGGAUCAUGAGGAUGGAAAAUUAUGUGAAUAUAUUGAAGCAACAUCUCAAGACAUCAGUCAGGAAGUUAAAGCUUGGCUUAAGGACAAAAUGGCUUAAGGACAACAAAGUCAAGGUAUUGCAGUGGCCAUCACAAAGCCCUGACUUCAAUCCGAUAGAAAAAUGUGUGGGCAGAACUGAAAAAGCGUGUGUGAGCAAGGAGGCCUACAAACCUGACUCAGUUACACUAGCUCUGUCAGGAGGAAUGGGCCAAAAUUCGCCCAACUUAUUAUGGGAAGGCUAACCGAAAUGUUUUGACCCAAGUUUAACAAUUUAAAGACAAUGCUACCAAAAACGAAUUGAGUGUAUGUAAACUUCUGACCCACUGAGAAUGUGAUGAAAUAAAUAAAGCUGAAAUGAAUCAUUCUCUCGACUAUUAUUAUGACAUUUCACAUUCUUAAAAUAAAGUGGUGAUACUAACUGACCUUAGACAGGGAAUUUUUACUAGGAUUAAAUGUCAGGAAUUGUGAAAAACUGAGUUUAAAUGUAUUUGGCUAAGGUAUAUGAGAACUUCCGACUUUAACUGUACAUCUCAUGUAUGCCUCUGAGGCUUUCCGUCAGUAUGGCAACUCAUAAAAUCCUACCAUAGGUAAACUACCUCAGAAGACACUGCACUCUGCUCAUUGCCAGGCCCUAUGUCUUAUUUAAAUAUAUAUCAGUACAAAUAAACAAGUUUUUGGUGUAGACUGGACAAGACUGCAAUUUGACAAAUAUCUAUGGCAGUGACAUAUAUGCUGAAGUCGUUUUACUGUGACAUCUGUACUUUGAACAAUCUAAUAUACACUAGCGUUCAAAAAUUUGGGAUCACUUAGAAAUGUCCUUGUUUUUGAAAGAAAAGUGCUUUUUUUUGCCCUUUCAAAUAACUUUAAAUUGAUCAGUGUCUACAGUGUAGACAUAGUUAAUGUUGUAAAUGACUAUUGUAGCUGGAAACAGCAGAUUUGUAAUGGAAUAUCUACAUAGGCGUACAGAGGUCCAUUUUCAGCAACCUUCACUCCUGUGUUCCAAUGGCACUUUGUGUUAGCUAAUCCAAGUUUGUCAUUUUAAAAGACUAAUUGAUCAUUAGAAAACCGUUUUGCAAUUAUGUUAGCACAACUGAAAACUGUUGUAUUGAUUAAAGAAACAAUACAACUGGCCUUUAGACGAGUUGAGUAUCUGGAGCAUCAGCAUUUGUGGGUUCAAUUACAGGCUCAAAAUGGCCAGAAAAAAAUAACUUUCAGCUGAAACUCAUCAAGCUAUUAUUGUUCUGAGAAAUGAAGGAUAUUCCAUGCGAGAAAUUGCCAAGAAACUGAAGAUCUCGUACAACGCUGUGUACUACUCCCUUCACAGAACUGCGCAAACUGGCUCUAACUAAAAUAGAAAGAGGAGUAGGAGGCCCCAGUGCGCAACUGAGCAAGAGGACAAGUACAUUAGAGUGUCUAGUUUGAGAAACAGAUGCUUCAUAUGUCCUCAACUGGCAGCUUCAAUGAAUAGUACCUGCAAAACACCAGUCUCAACGUCAACAGUGAAGAUGCGACUCCGGGAUGCUGGCCUUCUAGGCAGAGUUGCAAAGAAAAUGCCAUGUCUCAGACUGGCCAAUAAAAAGAAAAAAUUAAGAUGGGCCAAAGACCACAGACAUUGGACAGAGAAACUCUACCUAGAAGGCCAUCAUCCCGGAGUCAUCUCUUCACUCAACUAGUCUAAAGAAGGCUAGUUUUAUUGCUUCUUUAAUUAGCACAACAGUUUUCAGCUGUGCUAACAUAAAAUGAUAAACUUGGAUUAACUAACACAACAUGCCAUUGGUACACAGGAGUGAUGGUUGCUGAUAAUGGGCCUCUGUACGCCGAUGUAGAUAUUCCAUAAAAUGUUUACAGCUACAAUAGUCAUUUACAACAUGAACAAUGUCUACACUGUAUUUCUGAUCAAUUUGAUGUUAUUUGAAAGGACAGAAAAUGUGCUUUUCUUUAAAAAACAACCCCAAACAUUUGAACAUAGUGUGUGUGUUCGAUAUAUAUAUAUCGAUCGUAAUUAUUUGCACUGAUAUACAACAUUCCCUCAGAGUUACUUGUAUCUAUUUGAUGACGUAUAUUUUUGACAGACAAAUAACGCAAACUAAAACGGUGCCUUUCAACUUAUCGUAUCCCGAAUACUGCAACUAUUCUCUCGAAGGUUCAGAAAACUUGCCUACAGUAGCUGCAACAAGCCAAGCACUGUUUGUUCUUAGUGGGUAUGUGUAUGUAUGCAUCACUAUUAACCUGGUGCCAUACAUCAUUUGGUUUCUGAACUUUGGUGUAGCCAUGUAAAUAUGUGAAAAUACACUAUACUUGCUAAAUGUAUACUUUAUUGACAACAUCAUUCCACUCAUGUGUGACUAAAAGGGGGAGGCUUUACUAAAACUACAGUGGUAGAUAUUCUGACAGUUUUUGUUUUAUAUCAUAUAGUUUGACAUCGUAUAGAGUGCAAUCUGGAUUCACGCUCUCAAGCAACAGUUGUGUGACCCCGAACUACAACAGCAAAUGUAACAUAUAUAUAUCUUUUUUUAAAUUAUUAUUAUUUUAUGUAUAUUUUUAGUUUAUAAAAAUUUGUUCCCAAAAUGUGGAAUUUCAAAGCGUGCACACAAUGUUUCAUGUGGGGGAGAUUACUUAACAAGAAUGUGAAAUCACUCAUAUGAUGCCGCUUUGUUUUUGUCACUGAUGAAUUUAGACCCUUAAGAAUUGCUAAUUUCAGCUAAAUGUUGCAGCAUGAUGCAUUGCCUCCAACCUGAGUCUUAGUGAAGGUGUUUUAUGUAAAGGUGUUUUAUGGAAGUGUAGUUAUAAAAUAGGCCUCAAUCAAUUGCGAACUGGCAACGGAUAAUCAUUUUUUGUUUUCUUUUUCUUUUUGUACAUGUAGCACAAUUGAGCAUUGCACUUGGGCGUCAUACUUUACCUCAUGUCAGAGAAAGAGUUGAAAAAAUGAAAAGUGUAAGUUAUAUAUCAUGGUUGUGUGACUAAGAGGGAUAACAUGUGGUUUAGGCUUUGCUGUUGUUUCAAUUGCUGGUAUUUUACAAUUGUAUUUAAGAGGCAAUGGAUGAGAAUUAUACAAUGUGCCUACAGCAGGAUACCAUCUGAUGAAAGCACUGUAGUAAAAGAUAUCUGCAAUAGAUCAGGGGCUAAAAUGUAUGUGUUGUGUAUACCUUAAAUGUAAUUAUUUGAAUAUUGAAUUGUAAUGUAACCCAUAAACUACCAUGUCCUCUGAUAAGCCUGACUUGAAUUAUGUUUAGUCCACUAUCCCCCCCCCCCCUCCCUUAGCUAGAUUAUGUUUGACUAGAUCCACAUGGAGUAGUGCAUGUCCAAUAGAAAGAGGUACCCCUACUCCACAUUUGUUAUUUUGCGUAAUGUACUAUUAUGAUUUCAAUCUAAAAAAAAAAACUAACAUUUUCCAGACCCUAUACAUUUUUAACAAGGGCUGGUAUAUUGGACAAGGAGUAAAGUGUUGUUGAUUUUUGUAAAUGAAAAAAUGAUUUAACUUCUUGGAUAACAAAAUGUACAUUAAAUGAAAUAAAUCAAAUGCACUCUUUAUAGCAGCAAGUUGUUUGCUGGUGGGUAGCGAAGCUGGUGGGUAGUCUGGACCGACAGGGACUUUUAGGAAUGAACUUGUGAGAAUGUCAUUGUCACCAAACAGCGGAACACCAGCAGAAUGGAAUGGAGUGGAACAUUGUUGAUGCACUGAUUUCAGUAUGGGGAAAUAUGGGCCAUUACGAACUGCAGCGGAAUUUUAAGGGACAUCGAAAAGAAUAAAAACUUCUCACUCAUGCUGUAAUAUCAUGCUGCAGUGGUUCAUGAAAAGAAUAAAAACUUCUCACUCAUGCUGUAAUAUCAUGCUGCAGUGGUUCAUGAAAAGAAUAAAAACUUCUCACUCAUGCUGUAAUAUCAUGCUGCAGUGGUUCAUGAAAAGAAUAAAAACUUCUCACUCAUGCUGUAAUAUCAUGCUGCAGAGGUGUGCACCUUAUGGAUCACAAUUACCUUUAAUAUUCAUUUUUUGUUUUGGUUCUCUUUUGUAAUAAUUGUAGCUGAGUUUAUCUACAAUAAAGUUAUGGUAUGGUUGUUAA